ACAGAACAGCCCAGCGCACCGCGUGGUUGGGGGACCCGGGGGCUGUCGCUGGAGGAGGCAGCGGCGGCGGCGGCUGCUGCUGCUGGCGAGGGGGUGCCGACAAGAUAAAAGUGGCAGAAUUGAUACAUCCAAGGACAACGGUCAUACGGUUUGAAAAAUUAGUAGAAAUUUAAUUCUCAGACACUACAAAAGAAAUCCCAAGAAAUAAAAAAUGCGGCCAAUGCGUAUUUUUGUGAAUGAUGACCGCCAUGUGAUGGCAAAGCACUCUGCUGUUUAUCCAACUCAGGAGGAAUUGGAAGCUGUUCAGAACAUGGUAUCUCAUACAGAACGAGCACUUAAAGCUGUGUCUGAUUGGAUAGAUGAACAGGAAAAAGUCAGUGGAGAGCAGCCUGAACCUGAAGCUAUGGAUGUGGUAGCUGAAGAAGAAAACAAAGAAGGGGGGGAACAGAAGACUGAGCACUUGACCAGGACUCUUCGAGGAGUGAUGCGGGUUGGCUUGGUAGCAAAGGGUCUUCUGCUCAAGGGGGAUUUGGAUCUGGAAUUAGUCCUUUUGUGUAAGGAGAAGCCCACAACUGCCCUUUUGGAUAAAGUGGCGGACAACCUGGGAGUCCAGCUUGCUGCUAUUACAGAAGACAAAUAUGAAAUAAUCCAAUCCAUUGGUGAAGCAGCAAUUGUAAUAAAAAAUACAAAAGAACCUCCAUUGUCCUUGACCAUUCAUUUGACAUCACCUGUUGUCAGGGAAGAAAUGGAAAAACUUUUAGCUGGAGAAACGCUAUCAGUCAACGACCCCCCGGACGUUCUGGACAGGCAGAAAUGCCUUGCUGCCUUGGCGUCACUCCGACACGCCAAGUGGUUCCAGGCCAGAGCUAAUGGGCUGAAGUCGUGUGUCAUAGUCAUCAGGGUUCUGAGAGACCUAUGCACCCGUGUUCCUACUUGGGCUCCCCUUAGAGGAUGGCCCUUGGAGCUUCUCUGUGAGAAGUCAAUUGGAACAGCAAAUCGACCAAUGGGAGCUGGCGAGGCCCUCAGAAGAGUGUUGGAGUGCCUGGCAUCUGGAAUCGUUAUGCCAGAUGGUUCUGGCAUUUAUGACCCUUGUGAAAAAGAAGCCACUGAUGCUAUUGGGCAUCUAGACAGACAGCAACGGGAAGAUAUCACACAGAGUGCUCAGCAUGCUCUGCGACUUGCUGCUUUUGGCCAGCUUCACAAAGUCCUUGGUAUGGACCCUCUCCCUUCUAAGAUGCCCAAGAAACCAAAGAACGAAAACCCAGUUGACUAUACUAUCCAGAUCCCUCCUAGUACCACCUAUGCCAUUACCCCAAUGAAACGUCCUAUGGAGGAGGAUGGAGAAGAAAAAUCUCCUAGCAAGAAGAAAAAGAAGAUUCAGAAAAAAGAGGAGAAGACAGAACCUCCACAAGCUAUGAAUGCACUGAUGAGAUUGAAUCAGCUGAAACCUGGGCUUCAGUAUAAACUGGUCUCCCAAACUGGCCCAGUGCAUGCUCCCAUCUUUACUAUGUCUGUUGAGGUGGAUGGAAGUUCAUUUGAGGCUUCUGGACCAUCCAAAAAGACUGCCAAGUUGCACGUUGCUGUAAAGGUGUUACAAGACAUGGGUCUGCCUACAGGAGCAGAAGGUAAAGAAUCAAGUAAAGGGGAGGACUCUGCUGAGGAAACAGAACAGAAGCCUGUGGUUGUUGCUCCUCCACCUGUAGUGGAAACUGUUGCUACCCCCAGUGCUGCUUUUCCUUCUCCAGACCAGACGUCGGAGAAUGUAAAACAACAGGGUCCAAUCUUGACCAAACAUGGCAAGAAUCCUGUCAUGGAACUCAAUGAGAAGAGGCGUGGCCUCAAGUAUGAGCUUAUCUCUGAGACUGGUGGCAGUCAUGAUAAACGCUUUGUCAUGGAGGUUGAAGUUGACGGGCAGAAGUUUCAAGGAGCUGGUUCAAAUAAAAAGGUGGCAAAGGCAUUUGCUGCUCUCACUGCUUUAGAAAAGCUGUUCCCUGAUGCUCCUGUUGCCUUGGAGCCCAAUAAGAAGAAGAGAGCACCAGUACCUGUGAGAGGGGGACCGAAGUUUGCGGCAAAGCAGCACAACCCAGGAUUUGGAAUGGGAGGCCCUAUGCACAAUGAGGUUCCCCCUCCCCCAAAUAUUCGUGGUCGAGGUAGAGGUGGGAACAUCCGAGGUCGGGGUAGAGGCCGAGGUGGAUUUGGUGGUGCCAAUCAUGGUGGCUACAUGAAUGCUGGCGCUGGCUAUGGAAGCUAUGGCUACGGUGGCAAUUCUGCAACAGCAGGAUAUAGUGACUUUUUCACAGACUGCUACGGCUAUCAUGAUUUUGGGUCUUCCUAGAUCAUCUAAAAGUAUUGCACAAAAAAACAGCUUUUUACUCCAAUUUUCUCGAACUCCAAAACCCAAAGUGUCCGUGCUGUGUCCCUGUGCUUCACUGGGUUUCUCAACCGUGGCUUUUCACCGCAGCUUGUCUGAAACUCUUAGCCUGCAGAACUUAAGACAGUGGCAGUUUUUAUUGUGAUUUGCCUUUGAACUUGGUCGUAUUGAUGUUCACAAUAAGCGGAAAGUAAUUUUCAGAGAAUGUUUUUGUGCCAAGUUGCACAAAAUUCUAGAGCCAGCUUUGUUCAGCAUAAAGGCAAAAGCCCACCUUUGCUUUUUAUGGAAAGCAUUACUUUAUUUAAGGGACAGAUACAGAAGCAUUUUAAUCUACCUUUGUCUUAAUUUACAGCAGGUUUUGUAUGAAUUUUAAACCUUUUAACAAACUCCCAAACCUGGUGGUUGAUACCUAAGAAAGACUUCACCGUGUCUGAAUCUAGUACAGCCCGACUCUUUUUUAAGCAUGCACAAUGUUAAAUUGUAUGUGGAAUCGUAAGAUGUGCUAAGUUAACUUCUCCAUCCUUUUGUAAUACACUGGUGGGUUAUUGCUUGAGGGAUGGGAUUAAUUGUGGCUGAUAGCUAGUUAGUGUACUUUCAAAGGAAUUGUAACUGUGCUUCCAAUACUGGUACAAUAAAUAUCCAGGCAUUAAGGAGUUGAUGUAAAAUUUUGCAAGUCCUGAUCACAGCUGAAAAUGCAUGGAUUCAGAUUUUUUUAUCGGCUUUUUUUAUAAUCAAGUAUAAAGGGCCUUAAGCACUUGACAUUGGUUAGCAAACCAGCAGCAGGGAUUUGUGUUGCUGGGACUUUUGCUAUAACUGACUUUUGGCAAAGACCUGGAAGCUUAUCAUGACUUCUAAUACAGAGGUAUGUGGAGUCAUUUGGUCAUUCCAACUAGAUUCUCUUUCACUUGUAAGUGUAUGGCCCUUUAUUCUUGCUGUAAUACUAUGUUUUAAAUUUGUAUGGUCCUCUUCUGUCUUGUUUUGGUCAGCGGUUCUUAUCGCACAAAGCCUGCAUCUUUGCAUUGACUUGCAAGAUUUUGAGUUUGUUCAGACACAGAAACUGGUCAAAAUGAUUACUCACCACUUGUUCAAAGAGGUUUGAAACAUUCAGUGAAUACUUUUUAAAACUUUUAAUGCAUGAUGUAUUUUUUUUAGAAAGUUAUUGUUUGAGAAUAAUGUCUUUUUAUACCAGGGAAUAGAUGUUGUCCUGAAUGAGGUGGAAAACUGCCACCCCCUCCCUUUUUUUUUUUUAAAUCAAUACAUGUUAAAGUAAAUCAUUGGAUAUUUUGGUGUCUUCAUUCAUGUUCUUAAUUGAGGGAAGAGACUGAACUGAACAUAGGUGUUCAAGUGUAUGUUAAGCUUAGUGCUGAUAUUAUUAAACCCUUCUUGAAACCUA